AUGUCGAAUAGAUGCAAAUUACACUCUCCGUAUUACAAUACUACAAAUAGAGACAAUGCGCAUGGGUUUAAUUGGAGACUCUUCUGGAUAGGAUUACUCAAAAAGGUCCAAUCUUACUCUGGCUAUCUUACAAUAGUUGGUUGCUUAGCUUAUUUUGCAGAUUUAAUCAAACUUAAAAAGCUCCAUAGGAGAGAUGCUUUGGCAAUGUAUAUUUUAGACGGAAUGAUAUACUUACUUAUCAGUUUUACUAGGAGCAAAUUGACUGUUUUUGGCUAUGGGAGGCAAGAAACUGAUCCGACACAUCGUUAG